CAUCCAUUACUGAUUACAUUUCGAUUUUCAUUACUACCAUCGCCCAGAAUCUCUCUUCUUAUCUCUUCCAUUUCUAUGUUGAUAGACUGCCAGAACCAGAACCAGAAACUUCUUCUUCUUCUUCUAUUGGACAGACUGAGCUUCCCCAAUGGCAAUGGCCACUUGUAGUCCCACUGCGCGCUCGUCCCUUACGAUGGCGCACACUUCUUCAGUACACCCUCAAGACAUUCCCUCCCUUCUCUCCUUCAGGCCCAUGGCUGCCUCUUCAACCGCCACCAUCUUCUCUUUAUGCCACCCCUUAACUGUGCAGCGCAGGGGAGGGAGGUCCAUCAAUUGGGUCGACCUUAAUUUUAGGAGAGAAUCUAGGGAUCAUUUGGUUGUGGCUGCUUUGGCAGCGGAAAUUGAGGUGGCUGAGGUUGUGGAAGAGAAUGGAGAGGAGGGAGUUGCUGGAUUAGCUACUUCGGUUGUGCCCAAGCUGAAGAGAGGGAAGGCUGCAUUGCCUCUUAAAAGGGACAGAACCAGGUCUAAGAGGUUCCUGGAAAUUCAAAAAUUGAGGGAAAGCAAAAAAGAGUAUGACUUGAAAACUGCAAUAUCUUUACUGAAGCAAAUGUCUAGCACAAAAUUUGUGGAAACCGCUGAAGCCCACUUCCGAUUAAACAUCGAUCCCAAAUAUAAUGAUCAACAGCUGAGAGCAACAGUAAAUCUGCCCAAGGGAACUGGGCAGACGGUCAAGGUAGCUGUUCUUACUCAAGGUGAAAAAUUCGACGAAGCGAAAAAUGCAGGAGCAGAUUUGGUUGGUGGUGAGGAUUUGAUUGAACAGAUCAAAGGAGGUUUCAUGGAAUUUGACAAGUUAAUUGCUUCACCAGAUAUGAUGCCAAAGGUUGCUAGUCUAGGGAAGCUUCUAGGACCUCGAGGACUGAUGCCGAAUCCAAAAGCUGGCACCGUCACAACAAAUAUACCUCAGGCUAUAGCAGAAUUCAAGCAGGGAAAAGUCGAAUAUAGAGCGGAUAAAACUGGGAUUGUUCACUUGCCUUUUGGGAAGGCAGACUUUUCUGAAGACGACCUCCUUGUGAAUUUGCUUGCUGCAGUAAAAUCAGUAGAAGUGAACAAGCCAACGGGUGCUAAAGGAGUAUACUGGAAGAGCGCACAUAUAUGCUCGUCGAUGGGGCCUUCGAUUCGAUUGAACAUAAGGGAAAUGCUUGAUUACAAGAUCCCAUCAUCAAAUGCUUGAAGAAUUUUACUCUACACCUGUAAAUGUCUUCUUCAAUCUGUUCAAUCUCAGCCCUCUUGGAUGCGUCUUUCGAUCGUUUUCAGCAGCCGAACGGUUGGUUAGAACGGUUAGAAAGUUAUUAUAGUGUCGGAAGAAAGAAGAGAGCUUGGUGGUUAUCCAGGGUUGAAGAGUUGUUGAAACUUGGAAACUGCAUAUUCAUUUGUUUCUGAAGUGAUUUAAAGUAGCUCAGUUUUGUUAUUGUUAUUGGUAUCAAUCAUUUUCACCUCAUCUGAUUAUUGUUUA